UCCCGCAUUACCAGAACGAAAAUGUCUGACCUUAUCAUCUCUACUGUGAAGGGAACGGCCUCCGCUGCGUACGGUGUUGCAUCUGCGACGUGUGCCGCCAUCUCCGAAAAGUUGCUGUCAACGGAGCCAGUACCAGUUAUCGUGCAGUCAGAAUCUGAAGGUAGCGUAUAUGAAUUGCAUCGCAAUGUGCUGGACCACAGUAUGUGGAAAGGAGUUGAAGACCUGCCUGUGGUUGUUGUAUCGAUUGCCGGUGUAUUCCGCUCUGGCAAGUCUUUCCUGUUCGACUAUUUCAUUAGAUACCUGGAACACCUCGAGGGAAAUCGGGCUUCUAAGGGCUGGAUGGGUAAAGCUCUUGGCCCACUAAAGGGGUUUCCUUGGAAAUACGGACGCAACAAGGUCACCUCUGGAAUACUGCUGUGGGGAAAAAUUUUCAAAAUAGACACGCCCAGAUGGGGGACAGUUGCACUAGUCCUCAUGGACACCGAGGGAACUGAUGAUAACAUGUCCAGUCUUGCAUCGAACUCUACCCUGUUUUCGCUGGCCUUGCUUUUGAGCUCAACAAUGAUCUACAACGUCGUGAGAAGCCUGAACCGAAGUGUCCUAGAGAACCUACAGUUCUUUGUUAGCUGCGCCCACAUGCUGAAGAGAGCACAACACUGUAAGGAAGACGAGAAGAGCUACGCUUUAGAACACCUGCUUUUUCUGGUUCGUGAUUGGGAGUUUGUGGACGAGAUCCCGUAUGGCUUCGAUAAGGCUGGAGACUUCAUCGCCCAGUGGCUGACGCCUGAUCACUCCGCGCCGGAUAGCCUUAAUAAUACCCGAAACGAAAUUACAAGAUGCAUAAAAGACAUCUCUAGUUUUUUAAUGCCGCACCCAGGGCACCAAAUCAAAGAGCUAACAUUCAACGGAGGAACACACGGAUUGCGUGAAGACUUCAAAACACAACUGGAUAAUCUCGUCUCUGUUCUUCUCUCUCCGGAGAACCUUGUACCAAAAAUGCUAAAUGGAAGGCCAGUAACCUGCGACGAUUUUAAAGGUCUUCUCCUG